AUGAUUGCUAACGAGGUGGUGGAUCUUGCGAAAAAGAAGGGGAAAUAUUGUGUUCUUUUUAAAGUUGAUUUCGAAAAAGCUUAUGACAAAGUCAAUUGGAAUUUCUUAAGAUCUCUCUUAAAAAAGACGGGCUUUGGGGAAGGGUGGAGAAAAUGGAUGGAGUUUUUGUUUUUCUCUAGCAAGAUGUCGGUUCUUGUGAACGGUAGCCCGACUAAAAAGUUUGUGGUUGAAAGGGGGUUGAGACAAGGAGACCCAUUAUCUCCUUUUCUCUUCGUGUUAGUUACUCAAGCUUUGUCCAUGUUGGUUAGUAGGGCGGUGGACAUCGGUUUGUACAAAGGUUUUGAUGUGAAGGGAAAGUGA